GGCAACUGUCAUCAGCACCGGCUCUCUCCCUCUCCGCUCUCCUCACCCACUCCAAACCGACGAUCAUGAACGGCCACUGCAACGGCAAAGUCCACGAGGAUGUGGAGGACUUCCACAAGAACGGCUUCAACGAGCUCAUCAUUGACACCAAGAAGACUGCGGUGCUCAGGAAGCACGAGACGUCCCGCAAGGUGUCGGAGGACAAGUCCCACCUACCCGCGCUGGAGGCCGCCUACACCACCAUCCUGCGGGAGCUCGGCGAGGACACUGACCGGCAGGGGCUGCUGCGAACGCCACUGCGAGCCGCCAAGGCCAUGCAGUUCCUCACCAAGGGCUACCAUGAGACCAUCGACGACAUCCUCAACGACGCCAUAUUCGAUGAGGAUCACGACGAGAUGGUGAUUGUGAAGGACAUUGACAUGUUCUCACUGUGUGAGCAUCACUUGGUGCCCUUUUUUGGGAAGGUUCACAUCGGAUACAUUCCCAACAAAAAAGUGGUGGGACUGAGCAAGCUGGCAAGAAUCGUGGAGAUCUACAGUCGGAGGCUUCAAGUACAAGAGCGUCUCACAAAGCAGAUCGCCACGGCGAUAGCAGAGGCUCUGCAGCCUAAGGGGGUUGCUGUUGUUAUUGAAGCAGCGCACAUGUGCAUGGUCAUGCGAGGCGUCCAGAAGAUGAACAGCCGUACAGUCACCAGCACCAUGUUGGGAGUUUACCUUGAGGACCCCAAAACUCGGGAGGAAUUUCUCACCCUUGCCCUGCAGAUCUAACGAAACUGGUCCUCAGCACAUUGUAGACAUACUGUCUGACUGUCACGAGAUCGUAUGACAGGAAAUUAAAUGUUUGAUGCGGGAGAUCACAUCGGGGCUCCUGCUGUUGUAAAAUGUACAUCACUGUGGACGGAGACAAGAAGGAGGACCCCAAGUGCCUUAGAUUACGUUUAUGUUACAAUCAGGAUGAAACUUGACUGUAUUUUCUUUGAUGGGAAUUUCAAUGGUGCUCCCCCAAAGCUUUGUAUAUGCCUUCUUAAUGUUAUUAAUAAUUGUUUGAAAUGCUCAAGAAAGAAGCUAUGAACAUGUUGCAUUGUAAUAUACAUCACUUACGAAUCAUGAGUUCUGUCUAAACAGUGACUGCUUUGUCUUUGUAUGCAUAUGCCAAAGUUAA